AUGACUUCAAACAAAAUGUUCUUGGGGCAUUAAGUGUCACUUGAAGAAAGCAUUAAAUAGAACAAGAACGGAGUAGAUGAUUCAAAGAAAUAUUACGACUCGAACACACCUAUUUCUGAGAAUCUGUAAUAAUUGAAUUCUUAUCAUAAUAGAUACUCUGAUAUUGAUACCUAGGGAAUUAGUUCUGCCAGAAAUUACAAAAGUUCAGAAGGCUAGCUAAACCCAUUUUAAUUUACUGAUGAAACUAACAAAUAACACUCUCAAAACUUAAAUACUGAAGAUAAAAGAAAUUAAUACGAUAGAGAAGAGGAAUAAGAGUCUUAUGAUGGACCUAGGACAUUUCGAUUCAUUAAGACUGGCAUUGGCCUUAUUCUUACAUCAAUUUGCUACUUUACAUCACUGGGUAAUAUGAUAGUGCAGAUUCUGUAUUUCUUGAGAGUUGAAUAUUUGAAUAGUAAUUACUACUGGAUGUACUUUGUUUUUAUUUUCCUCAGGCCAAUUAUCAAUCUGACCAUUGUUCUUUAUUAAUAUUUCUAGCCACUUAUUAGAUCUAGUAUAGUUAGUAAAUAAGAUCUUGAAACAACUAAAAGUAGAGCCUUAUUUUACUUAAGCCAAUUCCUGAUAAUGAGAAAUAUAUAGAUAUUUGGUAUGGCUUUAGGUGCAGCUAAUUUUUUAUUGUUGUGCUCUGAAAUAUUGACAAAGGGCUUAAAGAUUUGCAUUAUGGUCAGAUAUAAUAAAUGGCCUUUAGUUUAAAAAUCAGAGAAAGAAAUUAUAAGGCCUAUUUUCUUUAAGUUAAUGGCACUUAGUGUGAUUUCUGUAUUGAUGUUCAUUGUCUCAUUUGCAUUCAUAUAGUAAGUAGUUCCCUUAAGAAAAUGUAUUCCUGGGUAGGGAUUUAAAUCUGGCCAAUGCGUGGAUUGUUUAGAUUAUAAAUGCAGUUAUUGUGAAAAUUAAUACAACAAAUGUUAGGUGUGUCAUUCAGGCUACUAUCUUGACUCAGCUGACUAAUGCUAGAAAUGCACUAUUGAUGGAUGCUAAUAAUGUGAUGGGGAAAAUAGCUGUGGACUCUGCUAUCCAGGAUACAGAUUAGAAGAAUAAAAAUGCAUACCAUGUGAUAUGAUGUAAUUUUGCGGGGAAUGCAACUAAAAUUAAUGCUUAACUUGCAUAACUGGUUAUUACAUGGACAGCUUAGGGCCUUAAUGCUUACCUUGCAAUUAAAAUGAUAAAUACUGUGAGGCUUGCGAUAGUGUAGAUAAAUGUACUAAAUGUUAACCCUAAAUGACUCGACUUACUGAUGGUAAAUGUGAGUGCAAUAAGGAAAGAAACUGGGUUCUAUCCAUUGACCAAGAAAGUUGUAUUUGUGAUUAAUAUGUCACUGCCGGCAAAAAUAUGUGUUAUACCUGUGAUUAGAUCAUACCAGGAUGCAAAUCUUGCUCAGGAUUUAGUGAUUACGAACAAGGAAAUAUAUUCAUUGGUUCAACUGUGUAUUCACCUUUGUAAUUUGAUUACUUGAGUUGUGAAGAAUGCUUGCCUGGUAAAUAUUAUAAUAAAAAACACUCCCACUGCGAAUAAUGUUCUCAAAUAACUUCCUAAUGCAGUGAAUGCGAUAUUUAUGGAUAGGAAUGCUACAGAUGUAGUGAGGGAUUUUAUCUUGAUAAAAGUAAUAUAACCUAGAAUAGAGGGAUAUGUUUAUCUUGCGGUGAAGGUUGCCAAAAUUGUAUUGAAGGAAAUAAAUGUUAGUAAUGUAAAUAGGGAUAUUAUUUAAAUUAAUCAGGAAGAUUUUGUGUCAAAUUUUGA